GACAUGUUUCACUUCAAUGGUAUCCAUCUUCUCCGCACAUCUGUUUCCCUAUAUCAAUUGCUAAGGUCGUCUAUAUCUUUGUACCCUCCUUGAAUCUCAUCAAAUCCGACUCAAUAUAACAAGUCACACAACAGAUAUCACGAAAAUACAAAAAUCAAUACACAAUGGCGACUCAAGGUCCAAUAACCACUCCCCUGACCACCCUACUUGGUAUCAAACAUCCUAUAAUUCUCGCCGGUAUGGCUCGUACAUCCGGUGGUCCACUGGCAGCUGCAGUCAGUAAUGCAGGUGGACUGGGCUGUAUAGGAGGAUUAGGAUACACACCUCAACAACUCCGCGAAAUCAUCCACUCCCUCAAAUCCAAUCUGUCAGACCCCUCUCUCCCCUUUGGCGUUGAUCUCGCUCUCCCUAAAGUCGGCGAAGGCGCUCGCGCUACAAACCACGAUUAUACGCAUGGCCAACUCGAUGCGCUUAUCGAUGUGACAAUCGAAGAAGGUGCACGACUUUUCAUAUCCGCUGUGGGAAUUCCGCCUCCACACGUCAUUAAACGAUUGCACGAUGCGGGGAUUCUAGUGAUGAAUAUGGUUGGGGCUCCUAAACAUACGGUUAAAGCAUUGGAUGCGGGGGUCGAUAUUGUGUGUGCGCAAGGAGGAGAGGGCGGAGGACACACGGGGGAUAUACCGAAUUCUAUUUUGAUACCGGCGGUGGUGGAUGUGGCGAGGAAAUACAAACCUGCGAUGUUGAAGGGAGAGACGGCGUUGGUGGUAGCGGCGGGAGGGAUUUAUAAUGGGAGGGGAUUGGCGAGUAGUUUGAUGCAGGGCGCGUGUGGGGUGUGGGUGGGAACGAGAUUCGUGGCGAGUGAUGAGGCGGGGUGUAGUAGGAUUCAUAAGGAAGAGGUUGUCAGUGCGAGAUUCGAGGAUACAUUGAGGACGUUGGUUGUGUCGGGGAGACCACUGAGAGUGAAGAUGAAUGAUUACAUACAAUCUUGGGAAUCGCAACCAGCCAAAAUCCAAGAGUUAACUCGCAAAGGCAUCACGCCCCUCGAAUACGAUAUGGAGCAGGGGAAAGAUGUCGAUAUUCCGCAUUUGAUGGGCGUGGUGGCGGGCGUGAUUGAAGAUAUUAAACCUGCGCGGGUGAUUGUGGAUGAGAUGGUUGCGGAGGCGGUGGAUAUGUUGGGGAAGGCGGAUGGGUUUUUGAGUGCGCGGGCGGGGAAGGCGGGGUGGAGUAAAUUGUGAGGGGGUGCGUGGGGUGUGGGGGAUGGGGAUGUUGGGAGGUGAGAUGAGAUGUGAGGAUUGAGGAUUGAGGAUUGAGGAUUGAGGAUUGUAUGAUCUUGGGUGGUUAAUGCGAUCUUGGAAUAGGGGGGGAAAAAAGUAUGCUGGUCUAGGUAUUGAGAGCUUGAGAAGUUACUGGAUACUAUGUACUACGUACUAGGUACUAUGUAGUAGGUCCAUAGGUAGGCUGUUUCGCCGAAUUGGUGGUUGACAUGAUAUCAUGACUUACUUUAUAUAUCUUGAUCGAUAGAUUAAAGAAUAGAGAAUAGAGAAAGAAUAAUGGUA